UAUACCCUUCCGUGGCCCCCCGUGCUCGUCUGCAGUGCCGAGAGUGGUGGCGGGCACUCCGAUCCGGGGCGCACGGGCAUGGCUCGCUGCCCUGUGCCCCUGCGUGGCCCCCCCCGUGCCGGCUUGCAGUGCCCAGUGAGCCACGAGGUGGGCACCCACUUCCUCUUCGCGCUCCACGAGCUUCUGGGCCACGGCUGCGUCGGCCGCGUCCGGGCCAACGUGCAGUAUCCGGACGGCUCCGCCGGCGCCCGAGCGGAGGAGUCCGUCGACGGCCUCCUGGAGGUGGUGCCCCAGGGCGCUCCGGCCCCCGUCUGCUUCCAGCUGUCCGUCAAGACGCGCGAGUGCGCCAGGAGGGACCUCUACGAGCUGCGCGUCGACGGGAGCGAGGGCUCGUUGCGGCUCUUCGACUUCACAAGCUUGGAGGGCCCCACCGGCCAGCUGCUGGUGGACAACGCGGACUACGGACGGCGAGAGUUUGUUGACGGGCUGGUCGCCGCGGCGCGGCGCGGAGGGCCGCCGCCUGCGGGCGCGGCGGCCAGCGCGCCGGCGGGCACCGUCUCGGCGCGGGAGGCCCGGAGCGCGCAGCGCGUGGUGGACGCGGUGUUGGCCGCCCCGGCAGCGCGCAGGGGCCUCCAUGUAUCUCAAACAAGCCCAGGUGAUUCACACGGGGCGCGAUGUUGAUCGCGCUUGGCGGUCUGGGCCGAAGGACCGCCCUUCCUCACAGACGCCCGUCUAACUGCCGUUUGCUGAACGGUCCUGGGCGUUCACCGAGCAGCCCUGGUCUGCGUUGACGCCAUCCUGGGCGCGCUCAACAGCUGAAACUGCUUCGCCGGCGGGGUUUGGCUCUUCUGCUGUCUGCUUCUGCGGGGUGGCCGCGCAAGGAAA